AUGGCAGUGCGCCUUGGGAAUCAAAAACACAAUGCUUUCUACCUCUGCAAGCAUCUCGUGCAGGCAGUUCCUCCACCACCUCCCUCUUUUUUCUCUGAAAUCAUCUGUCAUUGGGCGGUACCUCUGUAUCGCCACCCCAAACUAUUUUCCAUGCAUGAGAACAUGACAUCCACUGGCACAGAUCCCACACCUCCUGAACUUGAUGCUGGAUCCAUCACUGAUGGCAACAACCACACCUGGCUGGGUGAUAAGAAGGUGCUCCAAAACCCAAACUCGCAAGGACUUCAAAGGUCUUUUUCAUGGACAUUUGCUGCCAUGAAGUUGGCUCUCAACACCAGCGGGACACUAAAUGGGCCCGCACUAGCAACCAUGGCCACAUAG